GAUGACCAUGGCCGGGGCGCUGGCGGGUCUGGUCGCGGGCUUGCAGGGCCCGCGGGUCGUCCCCAGCCCGGAUUCGGACUCAGACACAGACUCGGAGGACCCGAAUACCCGGCGCAGCGCGGGCGGGCUGCUUCGCUCGCAGGUCAUCCACAGCGGUCACUUCAUGGUGUCGUCGCCGCACAGCGACUCGCUGACCCGGCGGCGCGACCAGGAGGGGUCCCUAGGGCACGCCGACUUCGGGCCGCGCAGCAUCGACCCCACACUCACCCGCCUGUUCGAGUGCAUGAGCCUGGCCUACAGUGGAAAGCUGGUUUCCCCCAAGUGGAAGAAUUUCAAAGGCCUCAAGCUGCUGUGCCGGGACAAGAUCCGCCUCAACAACGCCAUCUGGAGGGCCUGGUACAUCCAGUAUGUGGAGCGGAGGAAGAGCCCCGUGUGUGGCUUCGUGACCCCCCUGCAGGGGCCUGAGGCUGAUGAGCACCGGAAACCGCAGGCCGUCGUCUUGGAGGGAAAUUACUGGAAGCGGCGCAUCGAGGUGGUGAUGCGCGAGUAUCACAAGUGGCGCAUCUACUACAAGAAGCGGCUCCGUAAGUCCAGUCGGGAAGGGGAUCUCCUGGCCCCAAAACAGGCGGAAAGGGGGUGGCAGCCGCCGGAGCGAUGGUGCGAGCAGCUCUUCACCAGCGUGGUGCCCGUGCUGCUGGGGGGCCCAGAGGAGGAGCCGGGUGGGCGCCAGCUUCUGGAUCUCGAUUGCUUCCUGUCCGACAUCUCUGAUACGCUCUUCACCAUGACACAGCCCAGCCCCACACCCCUGCAGCCGCCACCUGAGGACGCUUACGUGGGCAAUGCUGACAUGAUCCAGCCAGACCUGACGCCACUGCAGCCCAGCCUGGAUGACUUCAUGGAGAUCUCAGAUUUCUUCACCAACUACCGCCCCCCACAGACGCCUACACCAUCAAACUUCCCAGAGCCCCAAGGCUUCGGGCCCAUGGUUGACCCCGUCCUCGGCAGUGGGAUCCUGGGCUCGGAGGUGCCCCCUGCCUGCUCGGGCAUGACCCACCUCUCAGGGCAUAACCGCCUGCAGGCUAGGAGCAGCUGCCCUGGCUCCCUGGACUCCAGCACCUACCUGAACUCUGAUUUUCUCCUUCCUGAAGACCCCAAGCCCAAGCUCCCACCCACUCCCGCACCCCAACCCCUCCUCCAGUACCCCAGCCCUGCCAAAGGGCUGGGCCUGGAGCCCUGUCCCCCGCCCCCCUUCCCUCCCAUGGCCCCGCCGCCUGCUCUGCUGCAAGAAGAGCCCCUCUUCUCGCCCAGGUUCUCUUUCCCUGCCGUCCCUCCUGCCCCGGGAGUGUCCCCGCUGUCUGCUCCCACGGCCUUUCCACCCACCCCGCAGCCUGGCCCAGGCCCCGCCCCCUUCCCCGUAGACCUGCUACCCUCCGGCUAUUCGGAGCCCCGCUUUGGGCCUCACUUCCCGGUACCCCAAGGUACGCGGCCCAGAGGCAAGCCCCCUGCCCCGUCCCCCAGAGGGCGGAAGCCCGGCACCCGCGCCAUGGCCCCUGCCACUGCCAGCCCCACUGCCGCUGCCGGGAGCAACAACCCCUGCCUCACCCAGCUGCUGACAGCUGCCAAGCCUGAGCAAGCCCUGGAGCCACCGCUUGUGUCCGGCGCUCUCCUCCGGCCCCCAGGGUCACCGCAGGACACUCUCCCCGAGUUCCCCUGCACCUUCUUUCCCCCGACCCCGGCCCCCACACCACCCCGACUGCCUCCGGGCCCGGCUGCCCUGGCCCCUCCCAGGCCCCUGAUUGUCCCCAAAGUGGAGCGGCUCUCGCCCCCAGCACCCAGCGGUGGUGAGCGGCGGCUGUCUGCAGAGCUGACCUCGCUGCCAGGCCCGGGGGCCCUGAGCAUCCGUAUCUCUCCCCCGCAACCCAUGCUGAGCCGGGGCCGUCCAGACAGCAAGACAGAAAACCGGCGCAUCACACACAUCUCUGCGGAGCAGAAGAGGCGCUUCAACAUCAAGCUGGGCUUUGACACGCUACACGGGCUGGUGAGCACGCUCAGCACCCAGCCCAACCUCAAGAUGAGCAAGGCCACCACGCUGCAGAAGACGGCCGAGUACAUCACCAUGCUUCAGCAGGAGCGCGCAGCCAAGCAGGAGGAGGCCCAGCAGCUCCGGGACCAGAUCGAGGAGCUCAAUGCCGCCAUCAACCUGUGCCAGCAGCAGCUGCCUGCUACUGGGGUGCCCAUCACACACCAGCGGUUCGACCAAAUGCGAGACAUGUUCGAUGACUAUGUCCGGACCCGCACGCUGCACAACUGGAAGUUCUGGGUAUUCAGCAUUCUCAUCCGGCCCCUGUUCGAGUCCUUUAACGGGAUGGUGUCUACAGCAAGCCUGCAGAGCCUCCGCCAGACCUCCCUGGCCUGGCUGGACCAGUACUGCUCCCUGCCUGCUCUCCGACCAACUGUUCUGAACUCCCUACGUCAGCUGAGUACAUCCACCAGCAUCCUGACGGAUCCAGACUGUAUACCCGAGCAAGCCACACGGGCAGUCACAGAGGGCGCCCUUGGCAAAUCUUUAUAGUGCUGGCCAGACCCUGCUGCUCACUCAGCUUCUCUGGGGCUACUUUCCCUGGGCCCCUCCUGCCCUGAGUCCUGCUGUCAAGCGGGGUUCCUUUUUCUCUCUCGAAAGCCGAAAGCCGGGAAGAACUGUGUUCCAGUCCCUGUUCUACUACAGCAACUAAUGCCGUGACCUGGGCAGGGUGGCAGGUGCGGCGGGGGUGGCUAGAGGGGGCUCAUCCUCCAGUCUUGGGACCUCCAGUUUUCAGUCUGCAACGUGGGGAUGGGGAAGCUUUGAAUGGAAAAGGAUCCCAAGGCCUUAGCAGCUAUGGUUUGAAAGAGGGAAGGGAACCAUGCUUCCUUGUCACUCCCACCUGCUCCCCCCACAGGUGGGGCCCUAGCCUGUGUUUCUAAGCAGGGAAACAAAGGAAGUUCCUUCUCUGUGUUCCUCCACUGGUAGGGGAAGAGGCCACAGGGUGGCAUCCCCGGAUGAGGCCAGGAAGGUCUGAUCCCAGGAGAGAGUGGGCAAGGGGGUGACCAAACCAGGGCAGGUAUCUGGGGGGUAUGUGUGUGUGUGUGUGUGUGUGUAUUUUGUAAAGAAUUCUUGAUCAAUAAAAACAGAAACUGUCAGGGACUGUC